CGCCUUUCUUCUCCCUGCUCCGUUCCGAUCCGCCGUCCACUCUCGUCUCCGGGCAGACUCGAGGGAUCGCCGGCAGGAGACGGUCGGGUUCGAGCUCGAGGCCGCGGCAGCUCGUUCGUGCCUACGAGCGGAAUCAUGGCUGGUCACCGCCGCAACUGAUCGGACGGACGGAGAGAAGGACCGCCGGAGAAGAAGAAGAAGAAGAAGAAGACUGGGCCUGGGAGAAGGGAUCAGGGCACGGCAGCAGAUUCGCGGAUUUGCAAUCGGUCAAAACGAAAUUCCACCGCUAAUUAAUAACCUAACCAAAAAAAGAAUCUGUUUAACUCCCGGUGCAUGAUGUAUUAUCCAGGGUUUGCUUUGAUCCAGGAUGAUUUACAUCUUUCGAUUAAAUCAAUUCCUGCUGCUAGUGCCAGAUUGUAAGUUGUGGCUACAUUGUAGUCCAUGCCACUGCUAACAUACUGGUUCACAGCUUGGAUGGAACGGGGUCAUAAUAAUGAUCAGGCUUGAAAACUUGCCUGCUUUGGUCUAUGCAAAUGCAGCUCCGUUUAAUUACAACGCGUCUGUUUUUGCUUGCAUCCAUCGAAACAACAAUCUUCACCAACAUUCGCAGUGCACAUGCAGGCCUCAACAUCACACUCCCAAAAUCAAUCAAUCAGAGUUCCAUCCAAUCCAACAGACUGGCAAUACGAUUUCAAGAUGAGGAGCGGAGGCCAUCUUCUUCUUCUUGCCGUGGCGUUAGUGAUCCUAUCGCCGUCGCUGUGCCCCGCAGCCACUGCAUGGGGCAUCUUCUCCUCCUCUAAACCCACCAGCCAGACCGUCGCCGCGCCGACGCUGCCAGACGACGGCGACGGCGGCGGCAGGACGGUGGCCGAUUUCUCGAUGGAAGGCGGCGGCGGCGGCCCGAGGGGCGUGGAGCUGCUGGAUGGCGCGCGGCGCAGGAUCGCCGGCCCGGCCUCCUGCUGGGGCGAGGCGUACCGCGGCCUCUUCGCCAGCUGCGCCCACAUCAUGUCCGACAAGGAGCGCCAGUCCAGGCUCGCGUGGCGCCUCAGCGCCUGCUACCAGCAGGACUCCGGCCGCCCGCCGCUGCCGCCCUGCGACGACCGCUCGCGCAUGGUGCACUGCCGCAAGCGCCUCUCCGAGCACGAGGAGAAGGUCUUCCUCGAGUUCUUCCUCGAGACCAACACCCUCUGCCACCAGCUCCAGGCGGAGGCGUUCAAGCAGAGCACGGAGCGGCUGGUGAACGACCUGACCCGGGCGGCGGCGGCGGCGAGCGAGAAGCUGACGGCGAUCGAGGAGAGGUCGGACCAGAUCAUGCAGGAGUCGAGCAAGCUCCACGGCUCCAUGUCGUCGAUCGUGUCGCAGACGGAGCAACUGGCCGCCGCGUCCGACAAUCUCAAAUCCCGGAUCGGCGACGUGCUGGCGCAGUCGGCGGCCAUCGCGGAGCAGUCGAGGCAGAUCGCGGCGGCGCAGGCGGGGCUGAGGGAAGGGCAGGAGGAGAUGCGUGCCCGGGUCGACGCCGGCAUGGCGCGGGUGGAGGAGGAGUACGCGCGGCUGGGCGAGGAGAUGGCGAGGCUGAAGGAGGAGGCGGCGGGGAUCGAGCGGGAGGUCAGGGCCGUGGGCGACGCCAUGGCGGCGCGGAUGGAGGGCCUGCAGCGCACCGCGGAGGAGAUCGGGACCGCCGCCGGCAAGUCGCUCGAGAACCAGAGGGCGCUGCUGGAAGGUCAGGCGAACGCGACGCGGGCGCUCGGGGAGCUCCACGGGUUCCUGGCCCGGGCGCUCGAGGAGAGCAGGGAGGCGAUGCAGAGGCUGGCGCGGUUCGGGCGGCAGCAGCAGGAGGAGCUGCUGUCCCGGCAGGAGCAGCUCCGGCGCGCCCACGACCACCUCAUGCACAACUCGGAGUCGAUCCUCCGGGCGCAGGAGGAGUUCAGCGCGAAGCAGGCCAGCAUCUUCGCGGCGCUGGACAAGCUCUACGUGCUGCACAACGCCAUCCUGGUGGAGUCCCGCUUCGUCAAGGCCUUCUUCUUCUACUGCUGCGUCGUCUUCCUCCUCUACCUCCUCACCAGCGCCAAGCAGACCUUCGCCAUCAGAGGCCAGCUCUACUUCGGUCUGUGCGUCAUGCUCGUCGUGGAGGUCGCGCUCAUCAGGCUGGGGGCCGCCGACGACGACCUCACCAAGCCGUUCUGGGUCGUGUCCAACGUGCUGCUGCUCCGGUCGGCCUUCCUCGCCGCCGCCGCCGCCCAGAUCCUGCACGCCAUCUUCGCCUUCAAGGAUUACGACGUGCUGAACCACGAGCUGCUCCAGACGCUGGUGGAGAAAGUCCGGGCAAUCGAAGACAACGCCGCCGGAGACAAGAUGUGUCCAUGGGGCACAGGCAGUGAUGAUGAAAGUAGCCUCAGCGACUACUCGUGGGUCUUCGACGAGCUGCAGGACGACGUCGACAGCGAAAUCGACCCAGACUUCGUUCUCCGGGAAGAUGACAUCUGCAGGGAGGACCACGGUUUCCGGGAAGAAAUCGGCGAAAAUUCACUCUCGGCAUCGCUCGCCAUGAGGAGAUACAACCUUCGGGCACGCAUUAUGCCACGGUGACGGGCACGGAAGUGGAACAUAUAUAUGCAGAAAUAUUGCCAGAA